AUGCAUCAACCAGUGGGUUUUCGGGAUCCUGCCCAUCCUACCCAUGUCUGUCUCUUGAAGAAAUCUUUGUAUGGCCUUAAACAGGCUCCCCGGGCUUGGUAUAUGCGGUUUGCUGAUUAUGUCGCCACACUUGGGUUUACUCAUAGUAAGUCUGAUUAUUCCUUGUUUAUCGAUCAGAAUGGCUCUGAUCUGGCUUAUCUUCUGCUUUAUGUUGACUACAUUAUUUUAACUGCUUCCUCUGAUGCUUUACGUCAGUCUAUCAUGACAAGUCUUAGCACUGAGUUUGCCAUGAAGGAUCUUAGGUCCUUGAGUUAUUUUUUAGGCAUUGAUGUGACACGUCAUGCAGGUGGUUUGUUUCUGUCUCAACGAAAGUAUUCUCCUGAGAUUAUUGAACGUGCUGGUAUGGCCUCUUGUAAACCAUCUCCUACUCCUGUGGAUACUAAGCCCAAGAUGAGUGCUCAUGCAAGCACACCUUAUGAGGAUCCUUCUCAUUAUCGUAGCCUUGCAGGGGCUCUUCAGUACCUCACCUUCGCUAGACCUGAUAUUUCUUAUUCGGUCCAGCAGGUUUGCUUGUUUAUGUAUGAUCCCCGGGAGGAACAUAUGCAUGCUCUUAAGCGCAUUGUGCGCUAUAUUCAGGGGACACUUGAUCAUGGUCUACAUUUGUAUCCAUCCUCGACAUCAUCCCUUAUUUCUUACACAGAUGCUGAUUGGGGUGGUUGUCCUGACACUCGUCGUUCCACAUCCGGCUACUGUGUGUUCCUUGGGGAUAACUUGGUCUCUUGGUAUGCUAAAAGGCAACCUACUUUGUCCCGUUCUAGUGCAGAGGCCGAGUACCGUGGUGUGGCCAAUGUGGUUUCCGAAUCAUGUUGGUUACAUAAUCUUUUACUUAAGCUCAAUUGUCCGAUUCAGAAGGCAACUUUGGUUUAUUGCGAUAAUGUGAGUGCUAUAUAUCUUUAUGGUAAUCCUAUCAACCAUCAGCGAACUAAGCACAUUGAGCUACAUAUCCAUUUUGUUCGCGAAAAAGUUGCCCGUGGUCAGGUCCGGGUCUUACACGUGCCUUCCCGUCACCAGCUUGCAGAUAUUUUCACAAAGGGCCUUCCCUUGGUUCUUUUUAUAGAUCUCCGUGACAAUCUCAGCAUUCGACGACCUCCCAAUUCGAUUGCGGGGGUGUGUUAG